AUGAAAGAUCAGAUUUCUAGAGCCCUUGCAACAAGAUAUUUGAAGUUGAAUGACAAGGAGUUAUUGGAUGUGACCAACUUGGCUAAACGGUUCGACAAAAAAUUGUCUCCACCCGUGAAUCGCUACAAGCCCACAGAACAGGCGGUAUCCAAGCCAUCAGAGUAUGAAGAUUACUUAGCAAAACUAAGACUUCACUAUCUUAUUACCGGGCAGCUUGAAGCUCUACAGAGCAAGUGGGAAUCUAUCAAGCUUUCCAAGGGGUUAACUUCAGCUGAAGACUUCGCCGGAAUGUCAUUGAGAGCAUCACACCUCAGCUAG